AUGAAACAACCGCAGCUCGGAGCCGCAGCUCGGAGCCGCAGCUCGGAGCCGCAGCCCGGAGCCGCAGCUGGGAGCCGCAGCCCGGAGCCGCAGCCCGGAGCCGCAGCCCGGAGCCGCAGCCGCAGCCGGGAGCCGCAGCCGGGAGCCGCAGUCCGGAGCCGCAGCUCGGAGCCGCAGCUGGGAGCCGCAGCUGGGAGCCGCAGCUGGGAGCCGCAGCCCGGAGCCGCAGCCGCAGCCGGGAGCCACAGUCCGGAGCCGCAGCUCGGAGCCGCAGCUGGGAGCCGCAGCUGGGAGCCGCAGCUGGGAGCCGCAGCCGGGAGCCGCAGUCCGGAGCCGCAGCUCGGAGCCGCAGCUGGGAGCCGCAGCCGGGAGCCGCAGCCGGGAGCCGCAGUCCGGAGCCGCAGCUGGGAGCCGCAGCUGGGAGCCGCAGCCGGGAGCCGCAGUCCGGAGCCGCAGCUCGGAGCCGCAGCUGGGAGCCGCAGCUGGGAGCCGCAGCUGGGAGCCGCAGCUCGGAGCCGCAGCUGGGAGCCGCAGCCGGGAGCCGCAGUCCGGAGCCGCAGCUCGGAGCCGCAGCUGGGAGCCGCAGCCGGGAGCCGCAGCCGGGAGCCGCAGCCGGGAGCCGCAGUCCGGAGCCGCAGCUGGGAGCCGCAGCUGGGAGCCGCAGCCGGGAGCCGCAGUCCGGAGCCGCAGCUGGGAGCCGCAGCCGGGAGCCGCAGCCGGGAGCCGCAGCUCGGAGCCGCAGCCGGGAGCCGCAGCCGGGAGCCGCAGUCCGGAGCCGCAGCUCGGAGCCGCAGCCGGGAGCCGCAGCUCGGAGACGCAGCUGGGAGCCGCAGCUGGGAGCCGCAGCUGGGAGCCGCAGCUGGGAGCCGCAGCUGGGAGCCGCAGCCCGGAGCCGCAGCUCGGAGCCGCAGUGGACGCUUCACACUCACUGUUCAGACGGAUACUCUACAGGAGACAACUCACAACUAUGGAAUCAGCAGCGGUUAG